GACAACCCGCCUGCAAACUUUAACAACUUGCUUAUCUAACAUUUUGCAAGCCAAUGCAAAAAAGAGUUUUGGAAAAUUUUUAUUUCUAGAAGGAACUGAUUGGUUCAAACACGGAACAGGUGAGUGCAGUAUGGCUUGUUCACAUGAGAAAAUGAAGAUCCAAGAAAUUGAGCAAGGCCUGUGCGAAGAUGUUGAGAAAUCGCCGAGGGUGGUACGGUACCAAGCCACAAAAGUUGAAGAGGAUGAGAUUUGGACUUUGCAUGACUUGCUCCGGAAUAGAAUGGAGAUAUUGGGGUUCCUGCAGGUUGUCAGCGGAGUGCCCAGUGUUGGAAUUGGUCUUACGCUGGCCGUAGGCUUGAGUAUAAACGAGUCGCUCGCCACGCUCUUCAGAGUUUCUCACAUGACCGGAAUGCUUUUCAUUUUUGCAGGAAUUGUUUCCUGCAUGUUGGAAAGAUAUCCAGUAUUGCUAAGUGUGUCCCUCAUCAUCAACAGCGUUUGUGUCAUUUUUGCAUUACCCGGCCUUGGUUUAAUAAUUGCUGACCUGACACAAUGGAAUCACAGAAAACUUGAUUUGAUGAUGGUGGUGGAACUUUGCAUUUUGGGAUUGCAGCUUCUGGUCAGUAUAAUUCUCUGCGUGUGGAUCUCCAAAGUGAAAAGUGGCAAAAAUAAACCAAUUUGCUAACAACUAUUUAAAUUUUGAAGACUUCUAAGCGCAUCAUUUUUUU